AUAGCGCUCGUCUGGAUGAUUUUUUCAGCAAAGAUUGAGAGCGAGAGAGAGAGAGAGAGAGAGAGAGAGAGAGAGAGAGAGAGAGAGAGAGAGAGAGAGAGAGAGAGAGAGAGAGAGAGAGAGAGAGAGAGAGAGAGAGAGAGAGAGAGAGAGGGGGGGGGGGGGGGGGGGUUGAGAGCUGGAUCAGAGGGAGGAAAGACGAAGGGAGGGAAAAGGAGGGGGAAAGACAACGGGAGGAAGAGCAGAGGGGAAAGGACAAGGGGAGGUAAAUCAGAAAGGGAGAGAAAAAGGGACCAAGAGAGGGGAACGGAGGGGGAACGACAAAGGGGGAGGGACGGAGGGGGAGAGAAAAAGGAAGAGGAUCGGAGGGUGCCAUACGAAAUUGGGGAAGAACGGAUGAGAGAGGAAGGGAUGGGGGAAGAACGGAUGGGGGGAGAACGGACGUGGGGAUAUCGGACGGGGGAGAACGGACGGCAGGAGUAGGUUCGUGGGAAGAACGGACAGGAGG